GUUUCGAGUUGCUCCCCAAGGGAUAAAUAGGGCCGUCCCCAACACCUUCAUUCUACUUCUACACACAUUGCAUCUCUGCCUGGUUGCGACAUUGUCAUGAUGCAGUACAACCCCGAUCACAAGGGCGAGCUUCGUGAGCCUUCGGAAACGGAUGCCAAUGCCAUCGAGAAGGUCGAGACCGGAGGACUAGCACCAUGGUCGACUCAUAUCAAUGGCGAUGCAGCCAACCUCUCUCCUGAACAUCGCGAGUAUCUUCUCAAGCGACAUGGAACAUUGGAGCUGGAUCCUAUGCCUGGCUUUGGCGAUGCGGAUCCGCUGAAUUGGAAGACUUGGAAGAAAACUGUCAAUCUGUUAUUAGUCGCGUUCCAUGCUAUGAUGAGCACGUUCACCGCUGCCGCCAUCAUUCCUGCGUACUUCAACAUCCAUGAGGACCUGGGAUGCAGCAUCCAGAGGGCUUCAUACCUUACAUCGUUGCAAAUCGCGAUCCUGGGUGGAGCUCCUCUGUUCUGGAGACCGCUUUCCGUGAGAUAUGGACGUCGUCCAAUCUGGUUGAUCUCUACCAUCUGCAGUCUCGUUUGCAACAUUGGAUGCGCAUACAGUCAUAGUUAUGCUAGUAUGGCUGCGUGCAGAGCUUUGGUCGCCUUCUUCAUCAGUCCUGCUGGAGCCAUUGGCAGCGGUGUUGUUAGUGAGACCUUCUUCAAGAAAGAGCGUGGAAAGUACAUGGGCAUCUGGACGUUGAUGGUUACGGUCGGUGUUCCACUGGCUGGUUUCACCAUGGGUUUCGUCGCAAAUAACGUCGGCUACCGCUGGAUCUACUACAUUCUCGCCAUCAUCAACGGUGUGCAGUUCAUCUUGUACAUCUUCUUCGGUCCUGAGACCAGAUACCUGCGCCAAGGUGUUGAGCACCGUGGUUCUGAUCUCAAGCAAGAGUACUGGAGCUUCAGGCGCAUCGACCCUACACCCAUCAGGGCCUGGGAUUUCAUUCAACCUUUGACUAUGGGACGCCAUGCCACAGUCAUGAUUCCUGCCGCCGCUUACGCCAUGGUCUUCUUGCUUACUUCCAUCCUGGUCACUGUUGAGAUUCCUCAGUUGUUCCAGGAAAAGUUCGAGUUCAACGCUCAGCAGAUUGGCUAUCAGUUCGCCAGCAUUGUCAUCGGUGCCGUGAUCGGUGAACAGCUUGGAGGUGUCCUUUCCGAUUCAUGGAUGAAGCGCGGAGCUCGCAAGAUGCCUGCUGGGCACCGUCCUCUGCCCGAAUACCGUCUCUGGCUCAGCUACUCUGGUUUCAUCCUCGGCAUUGUCGGUUACAUCGUCUUCCUCAUUCAGACUGAGGACAUCAACAAGUGGAACGUCACUCCCCUCAUCGGUGCCGCCAUUGCUGCCGUUGGCAACCAGAUCGUCACCACUGUCCUCAUCACCUACGCGGUCGACUGCCACCAAGAAGAAGCCGCCAGUAUCGGUGUCUUCAUCACCUUUGUCCGCCAGAUCUGGGGUUUCAUCGGACCCUUCUGGUUCCCCCAGAUGUUUGAGGGUAUCGGACUUAAGGCUAGCGCAGGCGUUGGUACCGCAUUAAUGAUCGGUGUCAGUGUUAUCCCUACCAUCUGGUUGCACUGGAGAGGUCGCUCGAGAAAGACGAUCGACGAGUAAAGGCAAUUUUGGCUUUUUGCAUGCUUUCAACAUGAUAUUUAUAAUAGAUACGAACUGUGACGAAUUGUAUAAUGCAGAGCCGACCUUCAACAAGGGCUCUUUUUUUCUUCUCU